AACAUUCCCCAUAACCAAAGCUUGGGUCGUUAGGGACCGUUUCGAGAUCCAGCCAAUAACUCAGGGACCUUGAGUCGCACACAUUCCCCUAUUCAAUAAUAAACAUUGUUAGAGGAUCCACUUAUCUCGUGAAUUGCUCCAAGUUCGUCCUUCAAGCAUCUAAAUUCUCCUCAGGGACUCAUCAUGUUGAGCAAUGUUCAUCUGGCGCCCUCAGAUGACGAAGAUCUUUACUCUGGAUUUGGCCAUGAGGAAGUGGCCCCCGCUCUGCAAACCGAAGAUCUUGAGUUCGAUGCGGGAUUCCAAGCCGCACUCAAGACCAGUCAAGGUCGUCGACCACCGGGAACUUCAAGUGGACGCUCUGGUCAGGGUCGAGUAGGAACUGCCUCGGGAAACCGAAUGGGCUUGGGAACAGCCUCUGGCCUUCGUGGUGCAACCGGCCUCAUAUCCUCUUUGGGAGGCAGACCAACAACGGGGUUUGGGGAUGGCGUGAAUAGACCGAUGACGGGAAUCCGAGGGGCUGGUUACCCCGGGACAGCAGCUGCAGGUCAGAGAGGCCAGUUUGACCCCAUGAACCAGAACUCGGCAGGUUUGAGAAGCGUGUCUUCGCCUGGAAUUGACGCCAAAAGAGAGGAAACCCCAGAGGAAAAAAUCAAGGCCAUGGAAAAGAAGGUGAACAAAUUGAUCCAAGAGUCCUGCAUCAGCGCCGGAAAAGGCAAUACCAAAGUGGCCUUGGAUCGGGCAAAGGAGGCCUCCACCAAAGAGAGGAGUCUGAUCCGUUUAAGAGAACAAGCUGGAUUAGCCGAGGCCCAUAAUCUGGAUUUGACCUUCAGUGUCCUGUUCAAUUUGGCCAAUCAAUACGCGGUCAACGAAAUGUAUACCGAAGCCUUGAACACCUAUACGGUGAUCACGAAAAAUCGAAUGUUUAGUAAUGCCGGAAGACUGCGUGUCAACAUGGGCAAUAUCUAUUUCAAAAUUGGUCAGUACGCCAAGGCGAUCAAGUUCUAUCGCAUGGCUCUGGAUCAGGUGGCCAAUACUCACAAGAGCAUGCGAAUCAAAAUCAUGCACAACAUUGGUAUCCUCUUCGUUCGAAUGGGACAAUAUUCGGACGCAUGCACCAGCUUUGAAUGGAUCAUGUCGGAACAACCCGAGUUCAAAACUGGACUUCACCUGAUUCUCUGUUACUAUGCUCUAGCUGAUAAGGAUAGAACCAAAAAAGGAUUCCAACAGCUUUUGGAGGUUCCCAUGGAGGACGAGGAUGAGGACAAAUAUGCUGCGGUUUCUGACGAUACCCAUGCCAAUCUGAUUGUGGAGGCGAUCAAAAACGAUCAGCUACGAAAAUUGGAGCGAAGCCGAAAACACGACUCGGAGCACGCUAUUCUGAUUGCCGCCAAGCUGAUCGCCCCAAUGAUCGAGGACACAUUCUCUUCCGGUUACAAUUGGUGUGUGGACACGAUCAAGAUGUCUCAGCACUCGCAAUUGGCCAACGAUUUGGAGAUCAAUAAGGCGGUCAUGUAUUUGAGACAAAAGGAUUUCCAAAGUGCGGUCGACACCCUCAAAGCCUUCGAGAAGCAGGAGACGAAAGUGGCCAGCACAGCGGCUACCAAUCUCUCGUUUCUCUACUUUCUUCAGUCCGACUUGGAGUCGUCAGAGAAAUAUGCCACUUUGGCCAAAGAUGCCGACAGUUACAAUGCCGCUGCUUUCGUCAAUCUGGCCAAUUGUCUGUUUCAAAAGGGCGACAUCGAGAAGGCCAAAGAGAUCUACAACGUGGCCUUGGCGAACGAUGCCUCUUGCGUUGAAGCUCUUUACAACCUGGGACUGGCCCAAGUGGCUUUGGGCUUCUUGGACGAAGCUCUGGAUUGCUUCUUCAAGUUGCAAAGUAUCGUGCAAAAUCAUGCCCAGGUCAUGUAUCAAAUCGCUCGGAUCUACGAACUCAAGGGCGAUACGGGCCAGGCUGUGGAAUGGUACUUUCAAGUGAUCGGUCUGACACCCACUGAUCCGGUUGUCCUUCAGAAAAUGGCCAAUAUUUACGACAAUGAAGGCGACAAACAGCAAGCUUAUCAGUACAAUUUCGACUCUUACCGAUAUUUCCCAUCCAACUUGGAAACCAUCGAUUGGCUAGGGUCUUACUUCAUAGAGAUGCAGGUGAGUGAAAAGGCCAUUGGAUACUUCGAGAAGGCCGCCCUGAUGCAACCGGAUGAUGUCCGUUGGCAGUUGAUGAUCGCCAGUUGCUUCCGUCGAUCUGGGAAUUACCAUCGAGCCUUGGAUACUUACAAAUCCGUCCACCGCCGAUUCCCCGACAACAUCGAUUGUCUGAAGUUCCUCGUCAAGCUGUCGAACGACAUGGGCCUAAAAGAGGCUCAGGAAUACGCUUUGGAAUUAAAAAAGGCCGAACGAGCCAAGGAUAUGAAAGAGCAGCGCAUUCAAAGCAGUCGCCCAGGAUCACGACGGAGCUCCAGUAGGACCUCGAUGAACUCGACUCGGACAGGAUCUGCGGUCAGCGCUGAUAUCAUGACAAGCUCUCCCACGGGAUCCCGACAAGUGUCCUCACGUGGAAGAAGCGUGCCAGGAUCCGCCGCUCAAGGCCGGUUUGGUGUCUUUGAAGAGGAUGCCGAUGAACCGUACCGUCCCAAUUCCAAGGAGAUCGUUUCAGGCUACAGUGAUCCCUUGGGACCCAUGCCGGAGAGGCCCAAAACUGCGGCUGGAAACAAGGGCGGGAUCAACGAAAACGAGUUUGCUGACGAAGAGAUAGGCGACGAUUUGCUGCCUGAGUAGAAAUUCAGAUCUGUUGUAUGUUUGUUGUAAUCAAUUAGACGACAGUCAAGUAAUAACACGAUGCUUGAAAAAAAAAUUCUCAAAAGCCUCGCUCUAUUUUGAAUGAACCG